ACAACUCUAAAUACAGGCAUUAAAAAAGGGAAAUAGUGUUGCCGUUUUUGAUACGGAGAUACCAACCUUAUGAACGCACAUUUCAAAGAAGUAGUGUUAUUAUUUUGGGUGUUUAUACCUGGCACACAAAAAAAAAAUAGACAUCAGUUCCCGCUCUGUAUUGUGCCGUGCAAUAUAUCUAUUUUGCAGCUGUGAAUAAAUAUUAUUUGUGUUAGAAAUGGAUUUGAUGGAAAAUACCAAUUCUCUUGAUGAUGUUGUAGUGGAUUCAGAGAUCGUAGAUGAGGACUUGCUUCUGGAAGAGCCCUCCUCUUCCGGCAUGGACGAGGCAUCGGCGGAGCAGGAGGCAGAGCUGAAGGCAAUCAAGGAGAGAAUGAAGGAGAUGGACGAUGAGGUGAAGAAGUUGAAUGAGAUGCAAAACGAGGCUGAGAAACAGUUUAAUACCAGUGCCACGGAAUCGACAGGUUCGACGAGUCCUCCCAGCGUUUCUUUGGAGGACAAGAUUAAGGCAGACAAUAACAGUGUGUACGUGGGGAACGUUGACUACGGGACGACGCAGGAGGCUUUGGAGGCGCAUUUUAACGGAUGCGGCGUCGUCAACAGGAUCACCAUACCUUUGAACAAGUUUAACGGCAAUCCGAAGGGGUUCGCCUACAUCGAGUUCUGUGAACCAUCAUCGGUGGAGCUGGCCAUGAAGAUGGACGAAUCACUUUUGCGCGGUAGGCAAAUCAAGGUGAUGCCGAAGAGAACGAACAGGCCUGGAUUCUCGACCACAAACCGUUUACCGAGAAGAGGUGGUGCCGGAUACCGUGGCCGAGGUUCUCACAGACCCAGCAGAGGAUUCUCCGGAAGAUUCACACAUCCUCGUGGGUACAGUGGGCAUAGAGGAAACAACCACUUCACUCCCUAUUAAUGUAAGAAUUUCGGGUCAUCAAACAGCUGCAAUAGAAUGAUCGAAACAAGUCUUUUUUUAAUCUAAGAUAUAAUAUAUACACCAAAUAACACUAGUUUUGAUUUUUUUAUCUUAUGUUUGAUUGUUUACAUGCAUGAACUUAAU